AGGGGGGUAGUGAACGCCAGGCGGGAGCAGCCGACAUCGUACGAUCCCACCGCAACAUUCCCGUCACAACUUUACACACGGCGUGACCGCUCCAGCUCGGAAGGGCGCGAAAGCUCUCUCUCUAGUAACCUUUCUUCUUUCCUUAAUCCGUGUUCUGUUCUGUGUUUGUGCUUCGAGGCUUCACGGACCUACAACUGUGAGCUUCCCAAAUUCAAACUGCCUGUGAGACACAACGACCGGAAAACGUGUGCCCGCUAUCCGGUUUAUUAUACGUGCCGGCAUGGAAUCACUGCGGUGGAGUACCGCAAUCUGGUUAUUACUGUUUGUCUUCGUAGCACUUCUUUCAAGCACAGCAUACAGUGCAAGUCAAUGUUCGACGAGUCAGUUCCGAUGCGGCAACGAGAAAUGUAUUCCAAUUUCGUGGCAUUGCGAUGAAGACGAUGAUUGCGGAGACGGCUCUGACGAAGCUAGCUGCGAAAACCGAACGUGUUCCGAAACAGAAUUUCACUGUGCUAAUGGAAAGUGCAUACCAAGUCGGUGGCAAUGUGAUAAUGAAAACGACUGUGGGGACCACUCGGACGAGGACGAUGCCGUCUGCAAAAACAAGACAUGCUCUCCUGACCAAUUCUCCUGCAAGACACAAGAAGGCGUGUGCAUCCCAAUCACAUGGCAUUGCGACGGGCAAGAAGACUGCAUGGAUGGGUCAGACGAGAAGGAUGGGUGCCAUGAUGCAACAUGCACGCAGGAGGAGUUUGCGUGCAGUAACGGAAAAUGCAUUACUAAACGUUGGAUGUGCGACCAGGACGACGAUUGUGGGGACGGAAGCGACGAGAAGAGUUGCCCAAAUGUGACCUGCUCUAGUGCGGAGUUUAUGUGCCAAAAUGGGCGCUGCAUACCUGACAGGUGGCACUGCGACGGUGAUGUAGACUGCACGGAUGGUUCAGAUGAACACAGCUGCCCUGGAACAGCCCCUAGUGCAGUCGGGCACUCCACUUGUGGAAGCAGAGACUUUGCCUGUGACAACGGUGCCAACUGCAUCAAUCUUUCCUGGGUGUGUGACGGGGAUCCAGACUGUGUCGAUGAAUCUGACGAGGCCAAUUGUACGAAUACCUGCAGGCCAGAUCAAUUCCAAUGCAAGAACCUUCACUGCAUUCCAGGACAGUUGGAGUGUAAUGGAAUAGCCGAAUGUCCGGACAAAUCCGAUGAGCACGAGAAUUGUCCCAGCAACAAAGAAUGCGAUCCAGAGACCCAGUUUGAGUGCAGCCCUUCAAACUGCAUCUCUAAAGACCUCGUGUGCAAUGGAAAGAAUGAUUGUGGAAAUUUCGAAGAUGAGCCAAAGGAGCGUUGCCACAAAAAUGAGUGCCUGUUCAGGAAUGGAGGCUGCUCGGACAUAUGCCGCGAUGAUCCAAUCGGUUACCACUGUGAAUGUCAUCGUGGUUUCAAGAUGAUGUCUGAUAACCGUACCUGCGAGGAUAUUAACGAAUGUGAAAUUCCGGGGUCUUGCUCUCAAAAGUGUACCAACACGAAGGGAGCUUACAAGUGUGAGUGCAUCGAAGGUUAUUCGGUUGAGCCAAGGGAUCACAGACUCUGCAGGGCAACAGUUGGUGUGGCGUACCUGCUGUUUGCAAACCGUCAUGACAUCAGGAAAAUUAACCUGGAAACGAAUGAGUACAACGAGGUUAUCUCUGAGGUAAAGAGUGCCGUUGCAUUGGACUACUUGUACAACAAGGAGCUUCUGGUCUGGUCCGACACAGUCAUUGAAGCCAUCAACAGUGCGCCAAUGAAGGGCGGUAACGAAAUCACAACGGUUAUCAAGGACCAUCUGCAGGCUGCAGACGGACUGGCAGUCGACUGGAUUUACAACCACCUUUACUGGACAGACACUGCUAUGAACACCAUAUCCGUGGCCAACCUGGACGGCACGAUGCGGCGAACCCUCUUUUCUGACAACUUGGAUGAGCCGCGCGCCAUCGUGGUCAACCCUCUUGAAGGCUGGAUGUUCUGGUCUGACUGGGGCAGUGCAGCAAAGAUUGAACGUUCAGGCAUGGAUGGGUCUCACCGUGCUGCGAUUGUGACAACUGACAUCCUCUGGCCCAAUGGACUUGCUAUUGACUAUGUAACCAAGAAGCUGUUUUGGGCGGACGCAAAGCUGCACAUCAUCUGUAGUUCGGAUUAUGAUGGAACAAAUCGCCGCGUGGUUGUUUCAUCCCCUCUGGCUGUGAAGCACCCAUUCUCCUUGGAUGUCUUCGAGGAUUGGCUCUACUGGACAGACUGGGACCUGGAGGCCAUCAACAAAGCCAACAAAUUCACCGGCGAGAACGUAACGUCAAUAAUCCACGAGGUUUACUCACCCAUGGCACUCCACAUUUACCACAGCUAUAAGCAACCUGAAGGGGAAAACUACUGCAAGCAUGCAAACGGACUUUGCUCUCAUCUUUGUUUACCAGCACCAUUGUUCAGCAGCCACUCUUCGCGCUACACGUGUUCAUGUCCCAAUGACAUGGAGCUGCAGGAGGACAAGCAGAACUGCAAAAUAAUUGAAACGAGGGACAUGAAGAAAUCUGUCCUUGAUGUGGACUGUGCUUCUAACAGCACUAACACAUCAGACACUUCUCCUUCCAAUAACUCUGACCUCUGCAAUACCGUUGUAACCACAACAGAAAUUACGCAAGCACCGACACUAUUACCCACCACCACCAUCACCACAAUGCCACCAGUAAAUGAGAACACCACAGCAGUUGAAUUGGGCGUGCAAGAAGAAAAGCCGGACACGGGUAGGAUAGCAGGUGUCGUCAUCAGCGUCCUGGGCGGGCUCACCAUUGUAGUCACCAUGGUGGCGUAUUUGGUGUACCGCAAAUUCAGGAGAAACAUCACCAGCUUAAACUUCGACAACCCUGUCUACAGGAAGACAACAGAGGACCAGUUGAGCUUAGAAAAGAACCAGUACCAGCCUGCAAGGUCGUACCCUCCGAGUAUGGAACCUCUUACGUCGCCAGGCACCAAUGAGUUUGUAUAGUAACCACCAAUUAGCUAGGAGCUCGGACACUGGACUGGCCGUCAGUGCCAGAAAGAACUGAUAUCCACUGUGUGCAUCUCGUUGCCGAAAAAACCUGUCGAAGUCACAGGUUUUCCUGCAAGGACGUUUGGUUGGCCACACUGAGGUUGAAUGGAGAGUGUGCGACCUAAACACUCAACGGUGCUAGCGGUACUGCUUCCUGUUCGCUGGAGCUAAAUUGGGACUCUGUGCGUCUUCCACCGUGUUGAGCCAAGAGACUUCACGCAAGACAUUUUCAACAAACUGUGUGCAACGGACUCGACGGGCACAGCUUUGUGAGCAAUGCUUGAGCACCAGUGUGUAUACUGCAGUGUCGUGAGUAACGGGACGGUACGCGUGCUCAGAAAUUUGGUUUUCCCUAGGUUUAUGCUUCACCAUUGAAACGUUGAAGAUAGAAAAAACAAACUGUAUUCCUCCACCAUAGGUUAAUUUAUAUUCACAGUGCAACAAGGUCUGUAACAUUUUUGAAUGGAGAUUGACCCGGAGGGAGCUGGGGUUCACCCGGUCUCCGGGGGUGAAGUGUGGUUGUGCAUGUUUUUGUGUGAAUGUUCAUUUAUAUGCAGGAUGCCCUCUGUUUGUGAACUUCUCAUCGGGCAACAGUGAGAAACCAAGAACCAUCUUCCUUUUGUAUUAUAGUACUUUACUGGUCAUUAACACCUUGUUCUCAUUGCGAAUUACUUUUUUGUGAGUAGGAUUUUCCCCAUUGUUACAUGUUUUGUAAGAUGGAAGCAUAUUUAUUAAGUUUCACUAGCCGUAGGAAGUUGCUUUGGGCUCACUGGAUGCAGCAUUGUACUUUGUUGCUGUGCAACAGUUCAGAGUGCUAGCAGCCAAUUGCAUUGUGAUGGAUGCCUUUGUCUCUGCACUGCACAGUUUGGCAUCUGCAGGUGUUCACAAAUCGUGCAGUCUUUAGUGUCAACAAUGUGUUAAAUGAAUGGCAACUCUCAUUUCACAAUUACGUGUGAACAAAAUUCUGAACUUUAUUUAUUUGUGACAAAGGCAAAGUUGGCAAAAGUAUAAAAUACAUUUUGUCCGAGCUUAGUCUGAAAACUUGGAUCUCUGAUUCAGAAUCUCGUAACUUAAAAGUAUAUGGGGGUAUAAGUAUCGUGGUAAGAUGAGCAUUUCUUUACAAGGAACUCUGCAGACUAUCUGCAGUCAACUUGACUUGCAGCUAGUAGUGCUUGUGUAAUGACUUCUGUUGUGAAUAUUGACUUGUAAUUUAUGUACAUAGUUUUUGUGUUCAACUAAAAUAAAGUGUGUGACCAUAGUAA